GUUGAGCUGAAGCACUUCCUGUGGGCUGAGUGUGGAGAAGAGCUACAGCGCUGCUGUGUGAGACUGAGGGGCUGUGGUGAUCCGAGUGUCUCUCUCUGAAAACUGUUCACCACAGGACCGGACUGAGAGUGACCGGGGGCCGGGAUCAGGGCUGCUGACAACCAAAAUGCCCAAAGAAAGAGCUAAAACAAAAAAACACAAGAAGGAAAAGAAAAGAUCGUCCACACCCCGCCGUGAGGAUCCAGUGAAGCAUAGAGAUGACCACAGCACUCCUGGUGAUCCCAAAGAUAGAAACUCACACAAGUAUGUGGCCAGAAGAAAAAGUAAAGAUUAUUCACCAUAUUCGUCAGAAGACCACAAAAAAAAGAAACAUGAAAAAUCAGAUGGGCAAAAGAAGCAGACAAUAUGCAAAGAAAGCAGAGCAUCUCAGGGCGGUGAUCACAGAGCAUUUUGUGGCUCAGUGAAACGAUCCUCUUCAGGGCAUUAUGUCCUCAGUCCAGGUAAAAGCUCAGGUGGCCACACUUCAUCCAAAUCUGAUCACAGUGUCUCGUCCAAAAAGCUGGAGGAGCAGAAUAAGAGGCUGGUUAAGAAAAGGUCGACACCACUGGAGCCCAAGCAGAGAACACCUGAGGCUGCUGUUCGCUCUGAGGAGAAGAGCAAAAAGCGAGAAAAGAGGAUUUCCUCAACAGAUGAGGAUUAUCAAGCAGCAAAGAUGCGAAGCAUCAAAGAAGGACGGGUUGAUAUUGAUGAGAUCUGCCGAAAGUCUAAGGAGUUGAGUCAGCAGAGAAGGAAGCAGGUGGAGAAGAGAUCCGAAGAGGCUUUGCCAGUAGAGAAAUGCUGUGGUGAUAAGAGAGAAAGCAGCCGUUCCAAAGAGGGUUUAUCCUCCGUCAAAAAUGUGCCAUCUGCUGUUAUACCUAAAGUUACACAACAUGUCAGUCCCAAACAGCAGGAUAAUGACAGAAAAAGACGACUCUCUGAGGCUACAAGUUGUCCAACCUCAGAAGAAAAGCGGUUAUCACAUCUUCCUCCUCCACUCACUUUCAAGAUCCCAAAGAAACCCAGUGUUCUAAAAGCUCAGACCAACACAGACAUUUGGGACAGUAUUGAUAAAACUCCUGCUGUCUGCAAAAAGACCCCUGCCCCUGUUUCUGUUACCACAAGAUUAUCAUCAUCAUCAUCAUCAUCAUCAUCUACACUUGCUUCCACAGCUCACAAUAAACUGAAACCCUUACCUUUGCUCUCCCGCUCUCGUAAACCCUUUUCUUCACCUAAGGUCCAGCUGCCACAUUCUAGUCCGGUGAGGGACUCGAGCUCACCAAGCAACACUCCAACAGAUCAUGUCCAGCUGCCACAUUCUAGUCCGGUGAGGGACUCGAGCUCACCAAGCAACACUCCAACAGAUCAUGCUGCUUGUCAAGGUACAUCAGCAGAGUGCACUCAAAUGUAUGACAAUGACCAAGAGAUGCAGCUGGUUGAAGAGCUACAUCUGGCCCGCUUUGACCUGCGACUCCAGGUGAAUGUGGGCUAUGGAGAGCUUACCUGCAUGGAUGUGGACCCGCCCGAGGAGGGCAGCACCAUUUCACUUAGUGAGGGGCAGCACCAGCAGAAUGUCCUAAUUGUAUUGGACACCAAUAUUCUCAUUAGCCACCUGGACUUUGUAAAGAAGAUGCACUCAGAUGGACUUGGAGCUCUAGGCUAUCCCACUCUGCUUGUACCUUGGGUGGUUCUUCAGGAGCUGGAUUCGCUAAAGAAUGGGAAGCUGUCCGAGGAAGUAAAGUUAAAAGCCAGAGCACCUGUCCAUUAUAUCUACUGCUGCCUGAAGAGCCAGGUACCUCGUCUCUGGGGCCAGUCCAUGCAGCAAGCCUCCCAAAUUUUACGUGGACCGGGUAUAAUGAAUAAUGAUGACCGAGUGCUGCAAUGCUGUCUGCAGUACCAGGAGUUGUAUCCAGAGGGCACGCUCAUUCUCUGCACUAAUGAUAAGAACCUGUGCAGUAAAGCGCUGCUGAGUGGUGUCAAGGCCCUGAGUAAAGCAGAUCUAGUUGAGGAGGCAAAUGCAAACCCUGGACUGUUAAAUCGCCGCUGUAGCCAACACACUGCCCGUCUGUCUGCAGGGCGCACCAGUGAAGAGCAGAAGAGAAAGCAGUGUAAGGACGAGGAGGUUUCAGAGCAGGAACUGUGCGAGUGUGUGUCUGUGCUGGAGAGCAACCUGCAGACUGCUCUGUCUGCUGUGCUGGAGGAAGAAAUGAAGGCUGCAUAUGAAGAACUAUGGUUGGAGAUUGUGUAUUUGAAACCUCCCUGGACGUUAAAGUCUGUCCUGCAGUGUUUUCAGAAGCACUGGAUAGCUGUGUUUGGCAGCAUCAUCCAGAGAAAUCUGCUGAGAAGUGUGGAGACGCUCAGCAGCUGUCUUUGCACAGGUGCGCCAGUGGAGCAAAAGUCUGUUUUGACUGCAUUGCAUGGGGCUGAGGAGCUGCUGAAUGCAUUUAGCAGCAGGUCUCAGUACAGUGGCCACCUGACCUCUGCUCUCUCCUGCAUCCAGAAUGUACGACACAAGCUUCUAGGCCAGCCUCAGAAAACUCCAGUGGAGGACACGAGUGAUGAAGACACCCUGAUGGCUGAGGCAGUGGAGGAUAUAUCACCAUCAUCCCAGAUGUCUCAUCAGGAAGUGUGGGCUUUUUUUGAGAGCCUCUGGAACAACUUGUGUCACAUCAGCUCGGCUGUGUUCUCGGCACUACACUACUCUCCGGGCUCAGCGGAGACAGUGCAGCCAUUCUCCACACCGCCACCUCAGGACGCCCUUGACUAUCUUCACAAGCUCUCUGCUGCUACCAGACAGCUGCUGGAGGCCUUCCAGAGGUUACUCUCUGUGACCAGCAAUGUCGGGGACGCUCAGGCCUUGCUCACUGUGAUUUUCGAUAAUAAGAUUGCCACUGUGGAACCUCAGUUCAGUGCCAAGGACCUCUUUGAAUGCCUGUCCCAACCAGACUACAGGGAAAAGCUGUGUGUGGGAGGAGCCCAGCUGAUGGAGCUAAGAACAAAUCUGGAUUGCUGUGCUGCUGCUGUGUGUGGUCGGAGUGGAAGCAAUACCUAAACCUGGGAUUUAAAAACAUCCAAACUACACUGACUUACUGACUAUACCAAAUAUAAUAAAUGGACAUUAAUGACAUUAAUAGAUAGUGGGUGCAGAGAUGUGACCAUAGCCAAAAUGUCUCCUUAUUGGAGCUACUCUGGACCACCAGACUAACCUCAGUCUGAACACUAAAUCAUAUACUCUUUUAAAUUAGGGAGUUGUUCAUGCAGCUUGACCUUUUCUAGUCAGUUGGAUUUCUCUUUGAUUUUCUCUUCAAGAAGCUGAAUGUAGGCAUUAUUAGUUUCAUGCCGUAAGUUCCAUAUGAGUAACAAAUUUUUUAUUGAGAAAACAUGCAAGAAUCAUAUUCUCACUGUACCUUGGUUCUGCCUCUUUCGAAACCUGUUUCUGACCAGUUUAGAUUUGGUUUUGGUUUUACUUUAAAAAAUCUGAAAAAAAAGAUGCACUUCUGUUUACACUUGAAUACCGAAUAGUAUUGAGCUGAGCUUCUGUUGUAGAUAGUGGUAUUUUUUAUGUUGAUCCAAUAUGUAAAUAACUUAUCUGUCUGAGAACUGAAAAGCUACCUCCAAACGAUAUGUUUACUAAUAAUACAGCAUAGAUCGUAAGAACCAGCUAAACUCUUAAGUUUCUUUAGCAAUACCGUAGAAGAACCACUUUUGCUUCCAGAAGGAACAAUUAUGUUUAAUAGAGAUGUAUAGUUAAUAGUGAACCUAUUAAAAUGAAAGAAACUUUAUAUAAUGUAUUUUUUUUACACAAAUAUAAAGGUUUCUCGCUCACAAACCUUCAAAAUGGUUCUUCUAUAGCAUUACUUAAAGAAACUUUAAUGUAGCUUCAUACAGCAGGCAUUUUCCAGUCAUAUUUGCAAUUAUUGGGUGAAUCUCUUUCAUAUGCUGUGCAAUACUGAAAGUGACUCCAAAUUAAAAGACCUGAUGUUUUCUUAGUUAUCUUUGGAUUCGUUCCUGGUUGAUGGUAUCUAGUCCUCACAGACUCUUUAGAAAGAGUGUUCCAUGUGCUCUUUUCAGUGUAGAGUUCAGCCGUUAACACUGUGGGUUGUUUAAAAACACUGAAGCCACUGGGCACUUUGAUGCUGCUAAUUGGUGCUGUAGUGCCUUGCAGAUUUGACAUUUUUUAUUUACAUUUUAGUUUUUUUACCUUUUCUGGUCAGGCCAGUGAUCAUAAUGCAGUGAACCGAGCAGACACAUUAGCUCAUAACUAACUGCCCUCCUCAUCAGAUGACAUCAUCAGAUGGUGUUCGGAUGGUGAUGUAAUGAUGCCCACAGGGGUCGUUCAUUUCAGGGAUGUCAAUAAUUAAUACGCAGACUUGCGUCAUUGGGCUUUUCUUUCUCUUCCACUCUCUUGCUCACUCGUUUGCUCACUUGUGUGCAUUCUCUCCCUUGUUUUCUCUCUCACACGUGUGCAUGCAUUCUCUCUUUCUCUUUCUCUCUCUGUCUCCCUGUCCCCUGCACAAUCUGUCAUUCUUUCUCUCUUUCUCGACCAUUCACUCUUUCACUUGGACCCUUUUCUUUUUUGCUUCAUUGCAAUCUUACUUUCUCUCACACACUUUUUUUUUUCUCCUCUCCUGUCACUCCUUCUCUCACUCUCAUGCUGUUUCUUCCUUGUGCCGUGUCAGCUUCACCGGUGCUCACUCUCUCACGUGUUCUCUCUCUCUAUAUAGGUCUCUUUUACUCUCUGGCACUUUUGCUCUCUCGCUCUGUCUCUUUCUCUCUUGCUUGCUUUCUCUCUCUCUCUCUCUCUCUCUCUAUAUAUAUAUAUAUAUAUAUAUAUAUAUUUCUCUCUUUUGCUUGCUGCUCGUUCACUCGCUUUCUCUUUCUCUCUUUCCCUUGCUGCUUGUUCUCUCUCUCUCUCUCUCUCUCUCUCUCUCUCUCUGUAGCUGCUUGUUCACUCUCACGCUCUCAUUCUCUCUUUUGCUGCUUGUUCACUCUCUCGUUCUCUCUCUCUUAGGUCAGUGAAUUUGGUCAGGCUUCUGAUCAGGCCAUCAAACAUCAGAAGCAUGUGACAGUCACCCAUGUGUACAGAAAGUACAUCAGAUGGAAAAUUGCUCAAUGAAAAUGUUCAGUGGGUGUGAAUAUGGACGAGCUAUGCAGUCAUUUCUGUAAAUGUUUUCAACAGGGUUUUUAUUUGAAAUUUUAUACAGUAAAAAGCGUUUUGUAUUUGUGGGAAAAAAACAGUUGUAAAUAAUAUAUUUCUGUUGGUGUAUUUGCUUUCAAUUAAACUUUUUGACUUUU